AAACUUACACGGGAGUUUGUCAGUGAAGUUCCGCGUACCGGGCGAUAUAUACGCGAAUGGAAAUUUGAAAAAAUUGUGUAAAGUUAGUUAAAACUCUCGUCGAGUUUGAAAUUGAAAAAGUUUCUCGCGUGUUUGUGAGCGAUAGAUUUAACUCUGCUUUUGAUUUUUGUCAUCUGAUAUCAAGUUUUGACUAAAUUAAAAACAGCGCUGAUCGUCAAAAAACGAUCACAUUCCCUACCACGUCUUAAGGUGCAUUCCUCUCAGCAGGAUAAAUUGCAAAUGGUACAGUCAUUAGCUACACAUGUCACCAAACUCAUUAAAAAUGAAAGUUUUCAACCCAAUGGCGCACGUAACGUCGAUGAGUGUUUUUGAAAUGAUCCCGUUUUAAUUGGCGAAUCUCUUUAUACGUUUUUUGGACAUUAGAGAGAAGGCUCUUUCACGAAAUGGAAAUAUACAUCUGGUUGUUUAUUUGCAUUUGUAAUUUUAAUGGACUUGUAUCUGGUGCUGGACUGAAAUGGGUUCGUGUAAACGUACCUCAAUAUAGGGUACCAGGGGAAACGGCCCAGUUACAAUGUGAAUACGACUUAGGUAAUGAUACUUUAUAUUCCGUUAAAUGGUAUAAGGAUCACGAGGAAUUCUAUAGAUUCGUUCCGAAAGAAAGGCCUCAAUCUAAUUGGUUCGAAGUAGAUGGAAUUCACGUUGACAUGAGUCGUUCCGAUAGCAAAAGAGUUGUAAUAAGACCUAUAGAUUGGAAGAGUACCGGAAUAUUUCGAUGUGAAGUAUCCGCAGAGGCUCCAUCUUUUGCUUCAGCGCAGAGCGAGGCAAAAAUGGAAGUAGUAGCUCUUCCAACUGAAAAUCCUGUUAUAUCAGGUGUAGAAGACGAAUAUCAAAUUGGAGAUGAAAUAAAUUUAAAUUGUACAGCAGGAAAAAGUCAUCCUGCUUCUAUCUUGCAUUGGUAUAUAAACGAACAGCAGAUUCAAAAACAAGACGCACUAAUUUCAUAUCCCGACGAACAACAUUCGCGAGGUUUGGUAUCAUCGGUGUUAGGUCUAAAAUUCAAAUUGGGUAACCACCAUUUCCGUGGAGGUUCGAUGAGGGUGAAAUGUGUAGCUUCAAUGACACCUUUACUAUAUGAAUCAGACAGGGAAAGUGUCGUACACACGAAAUCUCUACCACUAAGAGAAGCCCUUCUAUUGGUGAAAAGUUUCGGCAGUCGAAACGAGUUCAACAUCGCCUCAUUUCUUUUCGCUGCAAUAUACCUUUUAACGUGAGUGUUUUUAAUUGUAUAAAAAAAUAUCGUGGUAAAUAAAAAAUUGUUUCAAUAUUUGUGCAAUUCGAUGUCGCCUUGAACUGAACUGCUAUUCUUAGUGUCUAUUUCGACUGUGAUAAUCAUCUAAAUGAAAACUUUGUUUAUUCUCCCCGUAACCCCCAAUGACUUUCGAACAAUUUUAGUAUUUUAGAAAUUGAUUAUUUUUGCAUGAUUAUGAUCAAUGUAAAUAUUAAUAUAAAGGAUGUUACCUUCAUAGCAAUCAAAACAAACUUUAUCGAUUUAAUUCAUCAAUUGCAGAUUGUGGAAAAUAAUUGAGUCUUCUAAAGAUGAAAAUAUCCUUAAUAUUGAUCUUUAUAUUAACAAAUUCUAUAGAAUACAUUUGUAUACUACCCUCAUUGAAUGUUUGGGCGUCCGUUGAAAUAAAAUAGUAUUCCAAUGGAAGUAAUUAUAUAAUACAGAAUCAAAUGUGUGAUAAAACUAAUUACUAGUUCAUUCAGUAUAUUUUGGUUAAUUAUGAUCGUCAAAUUUGGCUUAAUAAACAGUUCUCAAUGUAACAUGUUACAAAUUACGUCAAUCAAUUAUUAUUCAAAUAAUUAAAUAUGUUUUAUAAACUUCUGAGAUGGAUAGAACUAAAAAAUGUCCUGGAAAUUUUAUUUCAUGAGACAUUUGUUUCAUGACGACUCUUCACAAUAGAGAUAAAAUUUCUCCAUUCACGAAAUUUUUGCUUCUAAGAUUCGAGAUAUUAUCUGCCAUUUUCAAGUGAUUCAAUUAUCAUUCGCGCGAUUGUUACAAAAGAGAAUCGAAGAAGAAGAAGAACGCUUGUUAUUAUUACCUAAUAGCUUCUCAAAAAAUCUCAUACAUUUUGGGAAUGCCGUCAGAUUUAUAAGCAAGAGAAAAGCAUCAUUUAAUAUGUAAUGUAUUCAAGAAAUCGCAAUUUUUUUCAGGAUGUCUGUGGUUGAUUUUCAGUAUUAACUCCAAAUAACAAAGUCUGCAUUAUAAAAAGACUCUUAUUUUCCAUUUGAGUUUUUUCUAUUUUAUAAAAAUAACGGACGCCACUGAAAUAACCAAAUUUUACGUUAAUAAAAUGCACUACAAAAAUAUUAAUCAUUGAAGAUUAAAUUUUUUAUUAUUAAAUGUAUUUUAUACAAAAAUAAGUGUAGGCCAAGGCUCAAUCAACGCGAUAUUGUUUUAAAAGGAAAACUACCAAUCUGCCAUUAGAUUGAAUGACAUUUUAAUAAUUUUGAACGUUGCUUGUCACGUAAGAUUGUCUCCACUCCUCAAUUCUGUUACUUCAAUAAAUGUAAAGUGAAAACAGUAUAGAAAACGCAACAAAACACACAAGUAUUUGGUCGUUUUCUAAUCAUAUUUUAUCCUGUUGAAAGAGCCAGUCGUAGAAAGUGGCCAUAGAAAAAAAAAUUGCAAUUUUGUUAAUAUAUAAAUGAUAAGUCAAAUUUAAAGUAAUUAAUUUCAGAGAUUAGAGUCGCAGAUAAUGGUUAUUUUUUAUCAUUUUUUUAGACCAUAUUGUAACAUGUCUGUGUAAAUAAAAAAAAGUAUUGGAUCCAUAAUUUUUGUCAAACAAAUUUACAAUAAACUUUUUUUGCCCAA